UCUUGAUCAUCAACCAAUCAACGCGCUCCUCACUGAAGAACGACUAGCCAAUCAGAACUGUGAAAUACGCUUGGUAGAGCGUGAUUGGUAAACAUUCACCAAUAACAGCUCAACUCGCCUUCGGCCAACCAGGACCGACGUCGGCUGGCGAGAAGGCGGAUUAUACUAUUAACCUGAGAGAGCCGGGUACUGCAAUCCCAGAAUGCUGAGCGGCCGGGCCGGCGCCUGCACAGAUUCCGCCUUUACGUCAAGCGAGGACUUAUUACGUCAUAAGGACUGAUGGUGUCACUCUCACAAGUGAAUUCCGAGCUGAAGAGGGAUUGGACCAGAAUCAACACAUCUCUCAGUCCAAACAAAUCAUUACAGCUACAUCUGGAAAUAUUUACUUAAUAUAGAUGAUAAUACCAAAUAAUUGGGUUUGUCCCUUUUUCAUCACUUUUGGAGCAUGUAUGAUACUAGCAACUAUUACCUGUUGUCUGUUUCACUUGAGGAAGACCAGAAACCGGAAAAAAGAGAUAACAGAAUGGGUGAAUGCCAUGAAAUAUGGGGGGAAAGUGUACCAUCCAUUACUACACUGGAUUAAGAACAACAGUGAUUUAUCCAUUAAAGCUAGAGUAUAUUGCUCAGGAAACGAGGAAUGCAAGAAAAGAAAGGUUUGGAAAACUCGCACUAUAUUACCAGUGAGAUAUAAGAAGAUAAUAGAGGAACCAAGUGUGCUUAAUCGUGAAGCAGGUGACUGUAACAGCCUGCCGAUUGGAAACAAGCCUUUCCCCAAGUCACCAGUGUAUGUCGCCUCUGGCGAAGCCAGUUCCCUGUAUAGUCAAAUUAAUAAUGAACAAGCCAACUGUAGGUCUUCCUUAUAUACUGAGAAAUCCCAACAGCAAGUCUUUCCAACUUCUCUUUUUCUGGAUGAAAAAUGUGCUGCUAUUCACAAGUAUGUAGUGGAACUUGAAGAACAGCAAUCUGGCAUUGCUUGCCCAGAUGUAAAUGAUUCAGUAAGUUCUUCAGACAACCAGGAAUGUUCAGACUCUAUUUCAACUAGACUAUCUGAUUUAAAAGCAGCAAAGCAUGAGGCUUCAACCAUCAAACAGGAGCACUGUAAGACACCAGUGUUGUCUGAAUCAAACUCAGAUACCCAGAAAUCCAAUGUUUAUUCUGUCCCUGACACUGUCUCUUUGUGAAGGUUUUCUCUUGUUUUUUUCAGAUUCUAUAUACCCACUGCAUCUGGCAGUAUUCAAAUAUGUUUAACGUGCCAAAUAGAGGUAUUUUAAGAAAUUCCACUAUUCUCACAGUCUGAAUAAUCAGCUUGGUUUUCAACUGUUCUUGUCUCAAUCACUUUCAGAUCCUCUCAAAGCUACUGUCUCCAAAUUUCAGUUUAUAAUCUAAGAAUAUUUUUGUCUUCUAUUCCACACCUGGUGUG